UGAAGUUUUCCAGCAGGACUGAUGCAGCACAUCAGCAGUGUUCGCCUCCACCUCCAACUCCACCAGCCCUUCACCUUCAGAAGUUACAAAUCGCCCGCAAAACUCACUGAAUGCCACUUUGGAUAAGGGAACUGCUCGUUUGCUAGUGACACAAAACGUGCGUUGAAGUGCACUGGUUUGUGGAGUACGUAGAAAUACUCCAGCAUCAGGAUGAGAGCGAUUAACUUGGACACGUACAGCCUGUCUCUGCUGACCGCUAAAGAAGACGUCCUCAACCCGCGAGCAUCCACAAACUGGGCUUUAUUUACAUAUGAGGGAGUUACCAACAAUCUCAAACUCACAGAUUCAGGAGCUGGAGGUUUGACAGAAUUGGUUGGGAAAUUUCACAACAGCAGGCCCAUGUAUGGCCUCUGCAGGGUGGGACUGACAGAAACAGGACAGCCGCAGAUUGUCAUGGUCUGCUGGGUUGGUAAUGAUGUGGAUGAGCCCCGCAGAACUGAAUGUGCCAGCCAUGUGCCUGCCAUCAAGACCUUUUUCAAGGAAGCUCAAGUAUUUAUUCCAGCCUCACAGCAAGAUGAGUUGACCGAGGAGCAGAUUAUGGCUGCUUUUGCAAAGAUUCGACCACCAAUGGAGAGGCUCAGGAGACCCUCAAGGACGAUGGAUAAGGAGGAGACUGUGGGUACAAACUACAGGAAGACAAAUGCUGCCAUGGAGAUGAGACGGAUUAACAGAGACUCCUUCUGGGCACGAGCAGAGCGUGAGGAGGAACAGAGAAAAGAGGAAGAACGUCGGAGGGCUACAGAAGAGCGACGGCGCUGGGAGAGAGAACGAGUUUUACAGGAAAAAAAAGAUGCUGAAGAGAGAGACAGAAAGAUGAACGAAAAGCUACAGAUGAUUGAAGAACAAAGGAGGGUCCAGGCUCAGCUUGAGGAAGAGGCUAGAAAAGAUGAGAAAGUGAGAUGGGAGCAGCAGCAGAGAGAGCAUGAGGAGGACAUGAGGGCCCGGCUCAGACGCAGCGAGUCUAUUGAGAAAGCAGCAGAGGCAGCAGUUCUUGUUUCCCAGCGCACCAUCAAUCCUAGGGAAUUUUUCAGACAGUUAUCAGCAUCCUCGCAAAAUUCUACAAGCCCUGGAUCACCACGCUCAGGCAAAUCUCCAUUCCGUCGCUACCAACGUAGUUUGACAGACACAGCCUUUAUCUUUGAAAGGGCCAAUUCCACUUCUGGUCCCACAUCUCCUCUCAGUCCAUCUGCAAGGUCUCCAUUCUCACGCACCCUAUCCACUUCCUCCCAAAGUUCAAUGACCACACUUAGCCCACCAUACCAGACGAUCCCCUCACCACAGCAUCCUCAAACCUCUCCUCCCACAUCACCCCCUCUACGCUCUGUCCCACCUGUGUCACCUCCACCCAGUCUACCUGUCUCCAGACCCCCUCCACCCCAGUCAUCACCACCUAACCGACCACCUCCUCAAGUCCCCAUCCACAAUUCAGCUUCCCCUGCAUCUCCAAAGCUGCUGGACAGUCAUGAUAGAUCUGAGUCUAGCACCUAUGACAGCAGUGAAGAGCUCACCUUCGCAACAAAUUGUCCUCCAGCUUCACUCUCUGAUAACACACAGCAAACUAUGGAGGUUGUAACCAGCUCUCGAAUUCUUUGUGAACCAAAGCCAGAAGUGGACUUUACUGCCAAGUCUGUUCUUGUCGAAGAAGAAGAAGCAGAAGAAGAAGAAGAAGAAGAAGAAGUAGAAGAGGUAGAGGAACCAGAGCAAACUCCAGCCAUGUCAGCUCCACCUUUAUAUACAAAGAUCAUUACAAACUAUGAAGAAGCUGUAGAAGAACAAUUGGAAACUGAGGAUGUGAAGACUGUCAUCAGCCCCCUGAUGGAGGUUGAGGAGCAAGAAGAACCAGAGUCAGAGUCUGAGAAUGAACCAGAAGAGCAGCCUGCUGCACAGUUUGAGGAGUUCCAGCCAAAUGUGGAAUGUUUAGCACCUGAGGAGCCCAGAAAUGUGGUAGCGGUCUCAGAUGAUGAAGAUGAUGAAGACCUACCAGAGAACCAAGAGUCUUGCGAGAAUACAUCAGAGUAUGAUGGGGUGAUUGAAGAAGAUGAAUGUGGCAGACCAAUGAAUGGUACAGUAGAGGAUGUCGAUGUGUCUGAGCACAGCACUCCCGAGCGCUACUGUUACACGGUUAAUCGUGAGGAGGAAGAUGAUGAUGAUGAUGAAAUCCAAAUGGAGAUGGUGACUGAGAAUGGCGAAUCAUCACCAGAAAGGCUUCUGCGUGUGAGAGCGCUGUAUGACUACCAAGCAGAGGACGACACUGAGCUCUCUUUUGAACCUGGUGACAUCAUCAGCGAUGUGGAAACGAUCGACAAAGCGUGGUGGAGGGGCUCCAGCAAAGAUGGGCGCCAGGGUCUCUUUCCUGCCAACUAUGUAGAGACCAUAUAAAGACCUUCCUUUAAAGAUGGUUCCUCUUCCCCCUUUUCGUUUUAUCAAUUCUCAGGGACUAAGAACCACAAAACCUGGUCUAUGAGGAUGUACCAUGUACUCUGAGACUGAGAGUCACAGGAAAAGGGUUGGAAGUGAAAUGUUCACAGACACAAUUUGGCCAACGAUUCCUUUUCCAAAACAAGCAGCCAAAGUCGCCAAUUCAGACUCCAGUGAUCAUCAGGAUCUCAGUAUCCGAAAUACUUAAGUAGAAUUUCUGUUACGACUGUACACAAACUAUCAUCAUUUUAUUUACAUGUUACAUCAUUUAUCAUUUUACAUACCAAUUUUCCUGUUAUCAUUACCAAAUGAUACCAAAGGUGGUGGCGGUGUCUACCGGAGAACAGAUUUCAGUUUAAGUUGAAGCCUUUUUACACAUAAAUCCAAUUUACUCAGUCACGUCAAUUGGUCCAGAGCAUAGAAACCUUUUUUUUUCUUUUUUUUUUUCAGAAUUAGUACUGUGUUAUAGUACCAGUAAAAUAGAAAUAGGUGUAACAUGCCAGCAUUGUGAAUGGCAUACCUGUCAUAACUGCAUACAGUAGGUGUGCAGAUGCUACAAAAGUUAUCAAUGCCGAGAAUAAGUUUGGAUCAUACUAGUGGGUCCUGCUUUUUUUUUUUCCAACCUUUGAGAAAGGUGCUUCUCUAUACUUGUUUUAGUAUAACAUUUUAAAGGCUUUGCUAUUAUGGAAGCCAAUGCAAAUUAAAUGGCUCAAAGUGUGGUGACUUUAAAGAAAUAGCUCACCCAAAAAUGAAAAUUCUGUCAUCAUUUACUCAUCCAAAUCUAUAUGAAUUUCUUUGUUCUGCCGAACACAAGAUCGUAAGACUAAACUUGGCAGCCAUUAAAUGUUUUUAAAUGCUCUGAACCUUCCAUCAAAAUUCAAUUAAUCUUUCUACUGUUUGAAAGUUUGGGUUCGGUAAGAUUUUUAAAAAUGUUUAAGUAAGUCUCUAAUGCUUACCAAGGCUGCAUUUUUUUAAAAAUAGUAAUAAUAUAAUAUAAUAUCAAUAUAAAAUAUAAUCUUUCAGAAAUCAUUUGGUGCUCAAGAAAUAUUUUUUAUCAAUGUUGAAAACAGUUCUGCUUAAUAUUGUUGUGGAAACCGAUUAUUAUUAUUUUUUUUGCUAUUCUUUGAUGAAUAGAAAGUACAAAAUAAAUCUUUUGUAGCAUUUGAAAUGUCUUUACAGUCACUUUCAAUCAAUAUGUGUUCUUGCUGAAGAAAAACAUUUUUAUCAAAAAAUAAAAAUCUUACUGACCCCUAAACUUUUUAACGGUAAAGACUUUUCACUGUUGUGAAAAAUGCUUUCGAAUAAACUUUUUUUCUAUUUA